CGUUGCUGAGGCAGGGCAUGGAGGGAGAAGCUCAACUAAAAAGUGGUGGAGAGGAGCUCUGCUGUACAUCCUUCUGGCUGUCCCAAACGCUGGGGACCAGCUUCUCCAGGCUGAAGGAGACAACUCUGGUCCAGGAGGAGGCCCCAGCAAAAAUGCCCGGCGCCUGAGGUCCACAUCAUGUACUCAUACAGCUGCCAGCCACCCGGGGAUGGCCUCUGGCCUGCGCUGCAGCCCCUCACCUACACCUACCUGCCCACCCCUCUGCUGCUACCCUCAAUCCAGAGCCACAAUUUCUGCAGCCGGCCCCCCAGCCUGAGCGUGGGUGAGUGGGCGGCCCCGCGGGAGUACCACCUUUUCUACGGGCCGCGCACGCCCCUGGCGGCCGCGCCAUCCUGGUGGGCCUUCCCCCAGGCCUACGUCGCCGCCCUGUGCCCGCCGUUCCCCGCGGCCGGCUACGCGGGGCCGGCGCUGCAGCUGCCCUCGGCGACGGGGACCGCGGAGGCCGAGAGCUGGGUGCCGUGGCCCGAAGGCGGCAGCCUGCACGCGGAGCUGCGCUGGGGCCUCCUGGAGCGCGCGCUGGGCCCACGCCUGCAGCUGCCCGACUUCGUGCGCCGAGAACUGCGGCGCGCGUACGGCACGUUCCCGCAUACUGACGUGCGUAUCACCUACCGCCGCGGCGAGUUCCUGCUGCAGGUCGCGCCGCGUGUGCGCGAGCCCGAGUACCGCGUGGAGAGGCGCCUGUUUCGCCGGCCCGCCAGCGGCGGCGGCGACUCCGGCAGCCGGAACAGCAGCCCAGCCCGUGAAACCGCGGAGCGCGGCCUUGGGAAGAGGAGAAAAGGCCUGAGCUGAGGGAGCCAGCUGAAGAUGCACGCGGCUCUCCUUCCCUGCGCCUCCCGCUUUUGGCGGGAGGGAAGCGGAGAGGCCUCGCCGCUUGUGCACCCGAGCCAAGGGCACUUGUCGUUUUGCUUUUUUACCGAGACCCGGGUACUGCCCCCUCCCCACCCCCGCUCCCCUCCUGUACAUUUAUUGAUGGGCGGUGGGGGAAGGGCAAGAAGAGAUGACGUACUUCCUUUGGUAUUCUGUUCCUCUCUCCUUCAAGACCGGCUUAGAGGAAGGGCCUGGACCGUUUUUUCCCCCCUCCCUCCUCCUCCUCACCUUUCCCCCGUCCCCCAAAAGCCUGCGCUGCGGCAAGCCCCAACUUUGCCUUUCUUCCUCUCUUCUCCUCAGCAGAGAUCCCUCCACAUCUCCUCCCCAAGGUCAGGGCCCGUGAUCCCCAGCUUGUAUAGAAAACCAAAUAAACGAAUGAAGG